AAACAAAAAUCCGAAUCUCCCAGUCUUCUUCCAUCGGCUCACUCUCCUCUCCUCCCGCGAGCCCGCGCCGCCGCGUCCGCCAUGACUCCUCCUGCCUCCUCCCGCCCGCCAACGCCGACGGCUUCAGCGGCGCCAGCCACCUCUUCGUCGCGGAUAGAUUCUCCAUCUCUCAAGGCCGCUCUCGCUAUGGCUCUCAUCCACUACAACCGCCUCCCCGGCAAAGCCGCCACCAUCGUCACCGCCGCCUCCGCUUCCGCCUCCGCUGGCACAGCAUCCCCGCCUCUCGUCCACUGGAAGCGCAAGGCCAAAGACCGGAAGCGCGAAAUCCUCCGCCUCCGGGAGGAGCUCAAGCUUCUCCAAGACGGGGCGCGCGGGGAGGAGAUGGAGCCGCCGGUCGUCUCGUGCCGGUGCCACUUCUUCGACGGGUGCGGGGACCUGCCACCGCUGCCGGGCAGCGGUGGUGGAGAGCACUGGGUCGACGAGGUGCUGAGGAGGAGGUUCCUCAGACUGGUGAGAUGGAAGGAGAAGCGACGGCGGGUGGAUCGACCACUUCCAAGGAGUAGUUUGAUUGAUUUCAACAGUGAGGAUGAGAUGCAGCAGCUUUGCAUGUCGACUGAUUUCCUUGUGGAGCUAUCAGACAGCAUUUUUGCCAAAAAAGAAGCCGCCCCCUCAUUUGCUACAUUUUCUCACCAGGCAGUGGACUUUAUUCUUGCUUCACUGAAGAACAUUCUAUCAUCAGAAAGGGAGAAGGAGCUAGUUGGGGAGAUAAUCGAUGGUUUAGUGACCCGUUUGAUAAAAAGAAUGUGCACUGUCCCCGAAAAUGCUGGUACUUCAGAUUCAGGAUCAAUCAACUGCUCAGAUGCCCAAUUCUCAGUGCAGCACUUGUUCCGUAAGUUAGGAAAUGAGGAGUUCAUUGGUCAGCGGAUAAUCCUUGCAGUUUCUCAAAAGAUCUCGAGUGCAUCAGAAAGGUUACUUCUGGUGGAUCCAUUUGAUGAUGCUUUCCCUGAUUUGCAUGGCAAUAUAUUCAUCAUGAUUCAGUUAAUCGAGUUUCUAAUAUCUGAUUACAUGAAAGAUUGGCUAUGUUGCGAGCAUUUUGACAAAAGACUUUUUGAAGAAUGUGCCAGAUCUAUUCUCAAGGCACGCAAUGAUUUGCAAGUCCUGGAAAACAUGAACGGGCUGUAUGUGGUGUACAUUGAGCGUGUGGUCGGAAGGUUGGCAAGGGAGGUGGCUCCUGCUGCACAUCAGGGGAAGCUGGACCUAGAAGUCUUAUCCAAACUCUUGUGCUGAAAAUGCCUGCCUCUGAAUUUUCAAUGUUGAUUAUCUAAAAAAGGCUGAUCCGGCAAGUAGCUAUAUUCUUCAGUGACUGAUUGGGAACCAAGGCAUAGUCAAAACUGAAAAGUAUGUUUAUUAACUCCAAUGUGUGAAUGAGUAGUUAGUGCAAACAAAUGUGCUCUAUUCGAAACCAUGAUACAGUUGAUCCACUUAGACUGUCUCAUGUUUAAAUUUUGGUUUAUAAGAGAAACUUGGAAUCAAAUAGUGGAUCUAUCUGUGUGGCCUGACAUCGUUUCAUGUCUAUUGAUAGUUGAUUACUUUCUUUUUGCUGACUUCA